AUGGAGAACUCUCGCGCCCAGUACAACAGCCGGAAGGGUGUCAGUCUAGGCAACAUCAUCGGCGACCCCUUUGCGCUGGCCACCAUUUCCAUCUCAACCCUGGCAUGGAUCAUCUCUUUCAUUUCCUCUAUCAUUGCGCAAAUCCAAACAUCAAAUGACUUCAAGACCUUCACGUGGUGGGCCGUCGUCUUCUAUUUCUUCCUCAUUCCCGGUAUCUUCGUUGUCGUCGCUUCGGAUACGACGCAGACGUACAGUGUGGCCAUCGUUGGCUAUCUGGCUUGCGGCCUAGUCCUGGCCACGUCCUCCGUCAACAACUUGGUGUACUCUUCGAACGGUGCCAGCGAGGCCGCUGCCGCUGGCUUCAUUCUCUUAUCGAUGGUUACGAUUGUCUGGAUCUUCUACUUUGGCUCAGCGCCGUCCGCCGUUCCACGCGCCUACCUCGACUCCUUCUCCUUGGCUAAGGAGUCGACCAUGAACAGACAAGUCAUGACCGGCGCCUACGGCAUUAAUGGUCGUCCCGAGACAUCCACCUCCGUCCAGCCCCCUCAGAUGUACACGUCCGCCCAGCUUAAUGGCUUCGAGAACCCAUCACCUGUCGCUGGAAUCUCAAGUGGCGGCAACCGGAACUCGGCUCUCAAUGGUGGAGCAUUUGCAUCACAAGCCAAGACCAAUUCUGUUGCUCUGGGCGGUACAGACGGAGAGAUAGUACCUCCCACGGAGUACCCAUACCGGGCAAAGGCCAUCUACAGCUACGAGGCGAACCCCGAGGACGCAAACGAGAUCAGCUUUUCCAAGCACGAGAUUCUCGAAGUCUCUGAUGUCAGCGGAAGAUGGUGGCAAGCUCGCAAGGAGACUGGUGAGACGGGUAUCGCGCCAAGCAACUAUCUCAUCUUGUUAUAA